GGAAGUCCGUCGAGAUUCCGGUGCGGGUUCCUGGACUUUCCGAGGUGUGUGUUGACUUCCUGGAGGGACGGGCGGACUUGAGUCACCGCACUGGAAAGAGCGAGCGUCUCACGUGAACGUUUGCGGCGCGCGGGGAACGCCGACGUUCCCCAGCGGAGUCCAUCCCAAGGCCGGUCUGCUCUGGCAGGAUGGCGGCUUUAGUUUCUGUGAUGGUCUGAUACUGCGGCGGCUUACCAUGGCCCUGCGGGCAGUGUGGCUCGUCCGUCACGAGCCAGGAACUCCGCUCGGUGGCACCGUCAGGUUCUCCAGACGAUACCCUACUGUUGAAAAGCGAGCCAAAAUCUUCAAUGGAGUGAGUUAUGUUCCUGUACCCGAAGAUGGUCCCUUCCUGAAGGCAUUACUCUUCCAACUGAGAUUAUCGGGUGAUGAUAAAGACUUCGUGGAGAGGCGUGAUAGCUGCUCACACACCAACAAAUCACCCGUCUAUGGACUUUCAGUAGGCGGUGAAGAACUCUGGCCAGUCAUUGCUUUUCUGAGGAACGAUAUGAUUUAUGCAAGUGUUCCACUGGUUGAACAAGCUCUAUCCCCCCGCCCAUCUGUAGUUAGUGUUAGUGGAGUCUCACAAGGCUUGGAACUGCUUUUCGGGAUACAGGAUUUUCUUUACUCCUCAAGUCAGAAAAGUGACACAGACCUAAACACAAAGUUGAGUCAGUUGCCUGACCUGCUUCUGCAGGCUUGUCCUUUGGGUACUCUGUUGGACACUAACUUGCAGAAUUCACUGAAUAGUACUAAUUUCUCAUCUGUGACUCAGCCACACAAACAGCCAGCAUGGAAAGUUGGAGCAUACAAAGGAAAGCCUCAGAUUUCUAUUUCUAUCACUGAAAAAGUGCAGUGCAUGCAGUAUGGUAAACAGGACGCAGCGGACACGUGGCAAGUUGUUGGGACAGUCACUUGCAAGUGUGACUUGGAAGGAAUCAUGCCAAAUGUUACCAUCAGCUUGAAUCUCCCCACCAAUGGAUCUCCACUUCAAGAUAUUAUCGUUCAUCCUUGUGUGACUUCUCUUGAUUCAGCCAUUCUGACCGCUAGUAGCAUUGAUACAAUGGACGAUUCUGCGUUUAGUGGGCCUUAUAAAUUCCCGUUCUCUCCGCCUUUAGAGUCAUUCAGCUUAUGCCACUACACUUCUCCGGUCCCUGUCCCACCAAUAUUGGGUUCUUAUCACAUGAAAGAAGAAGAAGUACAACUGAAAAUAACAGUUAAUUUAAAACUUCAUGAAAGUGUAAAAAAUAAUUUUGAAAUCUGUGAGGCUCAUAUACCUUUUUACAACAGAGGUCCGAUUACCCAUUUGGAAUACAAAGUUAGUUUUGGUCAACUUGAAGUAUAUCGAGAAAAAAGUUUAUUGGUCUGGAUUAUUGGCCAGAAGUUCCCCAAAUCAAUGGAAAUUAGUCUUUCUGGAACUCUAACAUUUGGCGCCAAGGGCCAUAACAAGCAGCCAUUUGAUCACAUUUGCAUUGGAAAUACAGCAUAUGUAAAGCUUCAUUUUAGGAUCUCAGAUUAUACACUCACUGGAUGUUAUGCCGAUCAGCAUUCAGUUCAAGUUUUUGCAUCAGGAAAACCAAAAAUAAGUGCAUAUCGGAAACUAAUUUCUUCUGACUAUUACAUCUGGAAUUCUGAAGCUCCUGCUCCAGUAACAUAUGCGUCAUUGUUGCCAUGAUUUUCUCAUGGGAUUUAUUUAUUUCUUCAAAUGGGAUUUAUGUGAUGUAACAUUCUGUAUUAGAAUCAUAGUAUUUUUAUUUCUUACAUGUAUUCAUAUAACCUGUGACUGAAAAACCGCUAAAUGAUUUCUUUAUCCAAACAUUUAUAUCUGAUGUCUUUAGUCUGAUACAGUGUGAAAAAAUUUAUUCAAGGCUAAUGUCUCCCUUUCUUUGUUGCCCUCUGAUUUCAUGCCAGUGUGACUCAGGACAUAUGAAAGUAGUGAUUCAUUUUGACUGAAGACCAGUCUUGGUCUCCAUGCCAUAUGUUCCUUCCUGGAUCUGUGGCAGGCCUCCAGGCUCAGUCCCAGCCAGGACAGGCCCAGCCGUGGCCUCCUGUGGGACAGGCUGUGCUAAUCAGUCAGAGAGUCCUUUCCUUAGUAAGAGCUCAGCCUUCCCCAGCAGUCUCAGGCAGCUGUCCUGUGGGUUGUAGGGACCUACAAGGAAACUGUGCUUAUCCAAACCUCAGCAAGCAGCAUGCUAGUUCAGAAUAGCCAUGAUCUGGUUAAAUAAUCAUGAAUCCUUUCUUUGAAAGCAGAGAUACUGCUCAAAUAAUAAUCUGCUCUUCAUCACAUCCCUCCUCCUGGCCAAUAAAGAACCUGCAUAACUCUAUUCAGUGUUCUUGAGCUACUCUUCUGGGCAGGAUCACUGUGCAGCUGAGGAUGACCCUGAAUCCCUCUCAAGUGCUGGGAUUUCAGUGGUGUAUCACCAUGUCCGGUUUGUUCUCCGCUUCUAGGGAGCAAAUUCAGCUUCAUGCAUGCCAGGCAAGCCCCCUCCCAGCUGAGCUAUGAUGGUAACCCAAUAACCCCUCUCAGGCUCCUUUAACUAACUUAAUAAUCUGCCCGAAUGACAUCUUUAGGGUACCAGGCGACCAGGCUGCAGUACUUCAGAAGAAGAGCACAGUGGUCUGUGAUUAUUCAGUGUCCUUGGACAAGGUUUUAAAAAUAAUUCUAGCUAUUAUACUCUUUUUUUUUUUUUAAUUAAAAUCUGUUAACGAAUGAACUCAGGUAAACUCAAAUGCCCUUUCAUGGGUAAAAAGUCAUUUACACUAAUUUAACGUAGCAUAUGUUUCUUAAGUCUGCCCUGUCAUUUUCUUGAUCCCUUCAAAACCAUCUACCAUAUUCUUUAUCCUCUACC